AUGGUGUACCUGAAUAAUAUUGUGAAGGGAUGUGUUGCGAAAAUUGCAGCCAAGCUUGAGAACAUGGAGCCAUGUCAUAGUGUCAAGGACAGGAUAGCUUAUAGUAUGAUCACCGACGCAGAGCGAAGAGGGCUUAUAACUCCUGGAAAGACCAUUCUUGUGGAAGGCACUAGUGGAAACACAGGCAUUGGCCUAGCUCUCAUUGCAACUUUAAAAGGAUACAGGCUUAUCCUGGCAAUGCCAGCUUCAAUGAGCACGGAAAGAAGGGCUAUUCUGAAAGCAUUUAGAGCUGAACUUGUAUUGACUGAUCCUACAAAAUCAAUAUUGGGGUCAAGAAUGAAAGCUGAGGAGAUUUCGAAAACAAUUCCCAAUGCACACUUGCUUAAUCAAUCAGCAAAUACUGCCAAUCCUAAGAUACACCACGAGACAACCGGUCCAGAAAUUUGGGAGGACACCUGA